AAAGAGUGUUCUUUGAACAAGGAACAUUGCUAUAGAGAAAAAUAUCAUGACUUAUUUUUGUAAAAAAUGGAUGACACAGUUCGAGAGUCCCUGACUUAUCAAGACUGCUGGUUUUGAAUCUGGGAGAACGCGGAACACCACAUCGUUAAGCGACUCCCUUGUCCAGUUGUCUCCUCGGGACUUUGGUCGAUCCAUCGUCGCUUUUCUCCUCUGCCGGAAGUCCACAGAUCACGAUGGUUCCGCCGCCGGUGCACUCCUCCCCCAGCUCCCAAUACACCCAGCAAUUCUUGAGCAGCGUCCUCUCCCAGCGAGGCCCGGAGGCUCUGCCCUACUCGGAGGACCUCAAGUGGCUGAUCCGUCAGCACCUCCUCGCCCUCAUCGAGGCGUACCCUUCUCUCCAGCCCAAGACCGGCAUCUUCACCCACAACGACGGCCGCACCGUCAAUCUCCUUCAGGCCGACGGCACUGUCCCCAUGCUCUUCCAGGGCGUGACCUAUAACAUCCCCGUCAUCAUCUGGCUCAUGGAGUCCUACCCGCGUCACCCGCCCCUUGUCUUCGUCAAUCCUACUCGCGAUAUGAUCAUCAAGCGCCCCCACCCGUUCGUCAACCCUUCCGGCGUCGUUGCCAUCCCUUACCUUCAGAAUUGGCUUUACCCUAGCUCUAAUCUUGUGGAAUUAGCUCGCAAUUUGGGGCAUUAUUUCAGCCGCGACCCCCCUCUCUACUCCCAACGCAGACCUAAUCCAAACCCUAGCCCCUCCACGAGCUCCGGUUUUGCAAAUAAUGCAUCAAUUGGAGGAGCUGUUUCUACUGGUCCUGCCCCAGCAAUCCGACCCACCAUACCUCCCCGUGCAUUUCCACAGUCCCCGUAUGGAACUGGCAGUGGUUCUGGGAGGGUAAUGGAUGAUCCUUCCGAAGUUUAUAAGCGCAAUGCCAUUAAUAAGCUAGUUGAGAGCUUCCAUAGCGAUAUAGCAGGGUUGAGGAAGGCCAGGGAAGCUGAUAUGGAUGGCAUGUUCAACGCCCAAUCUGCUUUGAAGCAGCGAGAUAAUCUAUUGCGCCAAGGUUUGAAAGAAAUGCAGGAUGAGAAAGAAGGAUUGGAGCAGCAGUUGCAGAUGGUUUUGAUGAACACUGAUUUACUGGAGGGGUGGGUGAGAGAGAAUGAAGCUAAGCUGAGCAAGUUGGGGAAUGUGGAGGUUGGUGAGGUUUUUGAGCCUUGUGAUGUUCUUUCGAAACAGAUGAUGGAUUGCACUGCCUCAGAUUUGGCAAUAGAGGAUGUGGUUUAUUCGCUGGAUAGGGCGAUACAGGAUGGCGCCAUACCUUUCGAUCAAUACUUGAGGAAUGUGAGGCUUUUGUCUCGUGAACAGUUCUUUCAGCGUGCGACUGCCUCAAAAGUUAGGGCUGCGCAAAUGCAGGCACAGGUUGCUAAUAUGGCUUCUAAGGCAUCCCACUAUGCUUUAUGAUGAUGAAUGAUGAUACAUGCCAAGCAGCCAUUCAGGUGGUAUGCUCCCACCUAUACAUGGGAUUUGAAGGCCAUUGAUAUACAGAUUAUUAUAUUUCCAGUUGUGUGAAUAAAAUGUUAAUGCGCAAUACCUCUAUAGAUGUUCACACCUUUUUGGCAAUAGUGAAAUCAUUUGUACUAAUAGUGAAAUUACAAUAUUUUUCUCCCCAAACAAUUCAUAUUUUUGACUUGCAAUUCGCUUUUUAUAUUUGUCUGUUUAUUUGAAGCAUUAUAUGGUUCUGGUCCAGAUUUGGAAGAUGUUGAAACUAGGUACAUU